UGCCACACUGUGAAGACGUUGGCAAGUGAAACGGAGGCUGAGCUGGAGGAUGCUGCUUCAGCCCAACUUCAGUCCUCUUUCAGCAGCUCGUCCGAGGACACGACUCCUUUAAUUACUGAAGGUUUUUUAUAUUAAACGCUUUACAGAGAACUCCGCGAGAAACUUUCCGGCUAGUUUUAUUUCUAUUUAGUCUCUGAGGGUCCUGAGGUUCCUUCUUCAGCACCAAGAAGAACCAACCACACAACCGUGCGCAUGGAUGCCUCCAGAUUCGCGGUGUUUAUUUCAACUCUGAGCUGCUUUCUGCUGUCAACUGGCUCGGUGCAGAUGUGCGACGUUGUGAACGAGAUCGAGUUGGAGCGGGAAAGAUGCGAAAAUAAAAAUGCUGGAAAUAUCACGUCAGGCUGUAAAGGCAUGUGGGACAUUAUUGCUUGCUGGCCUUCAGCCAAAGUUGGGGAAGUGGUGGUGAUUCCUUGCCCAAACUACUUCAGCUACUUCAGUGACCAGCACAGUGAAGGUAACCUGUCCAAGACCUGCACGGCAGACGGCUGGACUGAAGUGCACCCCAUAACGAUCGCUGUAAACUGCGGGUAUAAUCUCAACAGCACGGUUGAUGACGAUAACUUCUUCCGCUCUGUGAAGAUAGGCUAUACGAUUGGACACAGUGUAUCUCUCAUCUCGCUCACUACUGCUAUAGUGAUUCUGUGCAUCUUCAGAAAACUCCACUGCACACGGAACUACAUCCACAUGCACCUGUUUGUGGCCUUCAUCCUAAAAGCCAUCGCAGUCUUCAUCAAAGACUUUGUGCUGUAUGAUGUCGUGCAGGAAUCAGACAACUGCUCCACUGGCUCUGUUGGCUGCAAAGCUGUGAUCGUAUUCUUCCAGUACUGCAUCAUGGCCAGUUUCUUCUGGCUGCUGGUAGAAGGCCUGUAUCUCCACGCCCUGCUGGCUGUCUCUUUCUUCUCUGAGAGGAAGUACUUUUGGUGGUACAUUUUGAUUGGCUGGGGAGGACCACUGGUGUUCAUCACAGCCUGGAGCUUUGCCAAAGCCUAUUUCAAUGAUGUUGGGUGCUGGGAUAUCAUAGAGAACUCUGACCCGUUCUGGUGGAUUAUCAAAACCCCAAUCUUAGCUUCAAUACUGAUGAACUUCAUCCUGUUUAUUUGUAUCAUUCGCAUACUGCGCCAGAAGAUCAACUGCCCUGACAUCGGGAGGAACGAGUCCAACCAGUAUUCGAGGCUGGCUAAAUCGACGCUGCUGUUGAUUCCUCUAUUUGGGAUAAACUUCAUCAUAUUCGCCUUUAUUCCAGAGCACAUAAAAACAGAGCUGAGGCUGGUGUUCGAUCUUAUCCUUGGGUCGUUCCAGGGAUUCGUGGUUGCUGUCCUGUACUGCUUCCUGAACGGUGAGGUCCAGGGGGAGAUAAAGAGGAAGUGGAGGCGGUGGCACCUAGAGAGGUUCCUGGGUUCUGACACGAAGUACCAGCACCCAUCCAUGAGCAGCAACGGCAACAACUUCAGCACGCAGAUCACCAUGCUGACCCGCUGCAGCCCCAAAACUUGCCGUGCCUCCACCUGCCACGACGAGUCCUCAAUCACAGUGUAACUCAGCCGGGGACCAAUCACCAACUCAGCGCUUUGCAGCCGUCUGCUAGAAAUAAGCAGUGCUUUUUGGGCACUGAACGGUUCAUGAGGUCCAGUCACCUGACACAGGGACAAUCAUCUAGUGUAGAUUCACUCAUGAUGUGUGUCGUACACUCUCGUGUGUGUGCAUCAGGAUAAUGCCAUGGAGCUUUUCUAGUGUAUAGGAUUUCCUGCGAGUUCAGACAGCCUGAGGGUUCCACAAGCACUCCAUACCACAUUCUCUAAAGAUCUGAGAUACAGAGAGCGUAAAGACCGAUAUAGAUGGAUAAAGAUGGAUGUUCAGAAGAGGUUAACUUGUAUAAACACAAAUUUUAGUCUAAACUGUCCUCUUGCAGUUCUUCAGUCCGAUAUAUUUUAACUGUAACUAGAUGUUAUAUACCUUCACUGCCUAAUGUUACAUAACGUGUGUAUUCAUCACGGGUAAUAUAACAGUACAGCUUAAUUAGGAGUAAUUUGGACAGACUUUGUUAAUGUGCUAUUUCUAAAGCAUUCUUAGCAAAAACAAAUGUACAAAUGCAUAUCGCCACUGUCCAAUAACAAAAAGAAUCUCCAAAACAGCAACUUUCCUGGAGAGGCAUAAAACUUACAUGUAUUUCAAUGGAGAAUUCCUAAUGGUCCAGUCAUCAAGAAAUUUUAACACGGUGUAAGGAACAGUUUGUGUGUUCCAUAGACUGUGUAUAGCUGGACAGAGCAUCGUCUCUUAAAAGUGAAGCCACCACAGGUCGGGCACCCCCUGCUGUUCGGCUGCAGAAAGCUGUGUAACUCCACCCAUCCCCAUAGGUUUCAAUGGCAAAACAGACAACUUUCAAUCACGUUUUUUUCUAAUAUACUGUAAUUCUACCUCCUUUAUUUAAAUGCAACAGCUAAUGUAACCUCUGCUUAUAUUGUCAAAUUUUUAUAUCCCCACAGAAUUCGGUUUUUAAAACUUUAUUCGUCUCUAUUCAAAAAAGGUGUGGUUAUGGUAAAAGGGCUGCUUAUGGGCGGGACCAAUAACAGACCGUCAACUCCGCUCCGCCCCGCUCUGCAGUCUGUGACCGCAAGGCAGCCCUCAGGGGCGGGGUUAUUCAAAUGAGUAGGCGGUCUCUCCACAGCCUUUCUCCCUCCUCUGGUCUCUACUGCGCAGACUCUGGUCUCUGAAUGGCCAAAAUGGGGGAAGAUUUUGGCUUCAUUUUCAUUGAAUGAAUGGGAACGGCGACACGGCGUCCAUCUUUAUAUACAGUCUAUGGUGUGUUCAAACUGUGUAGUAAACUAAAAAUCAACAAAAAUGGAGAUACAUGUUCCUUUAGUUUAGAUUGUAUGGAACACAGUGUAGUGUUUUUUAUAGAAAUAACAGGAUAAAGAUCAGUAAUGGUUGCAACAUCACUGCCCAAAUGCCAAUUGAUUUAGUGCUGCUCUUUAAGUGUUGGCUUAGCCAAACAUGCACAAUUUCCCUCUUACACCUUUGAAGAAAAACAGCUAUCCAGUAGUGAAAAAAAAAACAUUAUUAUUAAUUUUUAAUGAUUUUAUUAGAAAUUAUUUUUAUGGAAGCUCAUCCAUAAAAAUAAUUUCUAAUAACAUCUUUAAAAUAAAUAAUAAUGUUUUUUUCCCCCA